AUGAAAAAAAAAAAAAAAAACAUUUGUUAUCAAAACAGGACUCAAUCCACAUCUCUAUUUGUCUGUUUCUGUAAAUAUCUAUCUCUGUUUGUGUUUCUAUUUUUUCUAUCUCUGCCUUUGUCUGUUUCUAUUUGUCUCUAUCUCUUUCUAUUUCAUUUUGUGUGUUUUUAUCUUCACUAUCUCUGCCUUUGUCUGUUUCUACUUAUCUCCAUUUAUUUCUCUCUAUCUCUGUCUUUGAAUUUUUCUAUCUAUUUCUAUCUAAAAUCUAUCUUUCCCUCUAUUUGUAUGUUGUUAUUUUUUCUAUCUCUCUCCAUCUCUAUUUAUCUCCAUGUCUCAUCUCCAUCUAUUUCCAUUUGUUUACCUCUAUCUCUUUCUUUGAUUUUUUUCUAUCUAUAUCUAUCUCUUUCUAUCUAUAUCUAUCUAUCUCUAUCUCUUUCUCUUUCUAUCUAUAUCUAUAUCUAUCUCUUUCUAUCUAUAUCUAUAUCUAUCUCUUUCUAUCUCUUUCUAUCUAUAUCUAUCUCUUUCUAUCUAUAUCUAUCUCUUUCUAUCUAUAUCUAUCUCUUUCUAUCUAUAUCUAUCUCUUUCUAUCUAUAUCUAUCUCUUUCUAUCUAUAUCUAUCUCUUUCUAUCUAUAUCUAUCUCUUUCUAUCUAUAUCUAUCUCUUUCUAUCUAUAUCUAUCUCUUUCUAUCUAUAUCUAUCUCUUUCUAUCUUUCUCUUUCUAUCUAUAUCUAUCUCUUUCUAUCUAUCUCUUUCUAUCUAUAUCUAUCUAUCUCUAUCUCUUUCUCUUUCUAUCUAUAUCUAUAUCUAUCUCUUUCUAUCUAUAUCUAUCUCUUUCUAUCUAUAUCUAUCUCUUUCUAUCUUUCUCUUUCUAUCUAUAUCUAUCUCUUUCUAUCUAUAUCUAUCUCUGUUUUUCCAUUUCUAUCUAUCUAA